AUGGGCUCACUCCGUCUCAGUAAUUCCUGCCCCAGCUCACAAUUGGCUGGCGCCUUUGUCUUGUUUUCCCAACGGGCCAUGACUACAGCUCCCGGAGUUCACCACUCUCUCCGCCGAGGCGCCGCCGCCGUAUGGGCCGAUGGGCCCGGCUGCCUCGGUCGCAGGCGCGCCGCGACGGGCAGUGUAGCGUUCGAAUCAAGUAGGCGGCAUGUGUCUACAUCACAGGGGAAGAGGCCGCGGACGGCGCUCUUCUUUCCAGGCCAAGGAGUACAAAAAGUCGGCAUGAUAACACCAUGGCUCGAAGCCUUCCCCCGAACCGCGAAACCCAUCAUCGAGGAGAUCGACCACUACAUGGGCUUCAAGCUCUCCGACGUCAUCGCCGACGGGCCCAGCAAGCUGCUGACCAAAACGCCCAACGCGCAGCCGGCCAUCAUGGCGACCUCGAUCCUGAUCCUGCGCAUCCUCGAGCGCGAGUUCGACUUUGACGUCGCGCGGCGCGUCGACGUGACGCUCGGCCACUCGCUGGGCGAGUUCGCCGCCCUCGUUGCGGGCGGCUACCUCGAGUUCGAGGACAGCCUGUAUCUCGUCCGGAAGCGGGCCGAGGCCAUGGCGGAGGCGACGCGGCGCGCCGUCGAGGAGUACGGCGGCGAGUACGGCAUGGUGGCCAUCGUCACGGAGCCCGAGUACCUGGGCCCGCUGAUUGCUGCGAUACACGACUUUGUAGGCCACUCGAGCGCCGGGUCGAAAGGGGAGAGCUCCGAGGACGUGCCGCCUAUCGAGCAGGUGCUCAUCGCCAACGUGAACAGCAAGAACCAGAUUGUGCUGAGCGGGAAUAUCGAGCGGAUCAAGACGCUGUCGACGCACGUGAGGCAGUUCCUGGGCCACGACCCCCGCGCGGUGCGGUUGAAUAGCGAUAGCCCCUUUCACAGCCCGCUGAUGAAGCCCGCGGUCGGGGUGAUGCAGAAGAUAUUGGCGAAAAAGAGCCGGGUGCGGGGCCGCGAGGCGGAGGACAUUAUCACCUUCCCCGGCCGGCUGCCGUGCAUCAGCAACGUGAGCGCGCGGCCGUUUGAGAGCAGGGAGGACGUCAAGGACCUGCUGGCGCGGCAGUGUCUGGAGACGGUGCGGUGGUGGGACAGCAUCAAGUACCUUGACCAGGAGGAGAAGGUGAGGAGGUGGAUCGGCAUCGGGCCGGGCAAGGUUGGGCGGAAUCUCGUCGGCAAGGAGGUCGGGAUGAGGGGCAAGGACUCGGUCAAGGGCGGCGGCGUGUGGGCGAUUACGGACCCGAGUGAAAUCGAGGAGAUGUUGAGGGGGUUGGAGGAGACGGAAGGGUUGUCUGAUGAGGAGAUUGAAUGA